CCCCCCCCCCCAAAAAAAAAGCAAUUGUUCAGAAGCGGCUCGCGCGGGGACCGUUGUCCCGGAGGGUGAAGGCCUGAGCCCAAAGGGCGGCUGGGCGGGCGAUGGAUGCCGACUGCCGCUUUCACUGCGGGUAUACUGUAUUUUUAAAAAACUGAAGAAAAUUGAUGGUCUCAUCCUGGGCUGUAGAAGAAGAUUCUCAUGGAUGAAGGAGGCUCACUUGCGACUGAACUUGGUACAACAGAGAAAAAUAGCUGUAACGAGAGUGUGGAAAAGCCCAAUGCAAUUAGUCAUCCCUCCCCGUUAAUUUCAGAUGAGAAUGAAAAUCGGAUUUGUGAAGCACAGAUAUCACCGUGCAGUAAUGAUAGAAUGGGAGGAUUUGAGUGGAGCAAGCAAGAUUUAAUCAAUAACAAUGAAGACAACCAUGACAAAACUGGCUUUGAGAUUACACAAAAUAAGUGCAUGAAAGCCAAUUGUGAUGAUGAAUCUGAGGUUUCGAACAGCAUUACAAACCCUAGUGCCGAACUGCAACUGGGGGUAAAAACAGUUAGUAAUUGGGAUUCAGAAAUGGAAAGAAAAAUGGAAACCGCCUCUUCUGGGACCUCAGAGGAAGCCACAGAAGAUUCUUCAGAAUUUUUAUCUAAGUCACUGAACACUGUUGUAUAUGACAGAAGUUCUGUGUCGAAAGUAAGCAGUCAGCAUGUUGACAGGAAAGGACGACUUCAGAUUCUGCUCAACUACAUCCAGAGAGAAACAGAGUUGAAUGAUUCCAGUAGCCUGCCACACUAUCUUCAUCAGAUUGCAGAAAUCUAUUUUGAAGAAGAAGAAUAUGAGAAAGCAAUACAGUUUAUUCAGCUGGAAAAGCUGUAUCAUCAAAAAUUACUGGCAAAUCUUGUUGCUAUUCAGGAGCACUGGGAAGUGAAACAGAAGGCAGCAAACACAAGGGAAACUUCAGAAGGGAGGCCUGUUAAAACUUUAGAUGAUGACAAAAUAGUAAAGCUUACAGAAUUCUGUACAUCACACUGUAGACCAAAUGUACCAGUAAAUGAGAUUUCUGUAUUAGCAGAGUGCUUCUACAAAAAUGAAUAUCAUCUUCCUUCAAAGGGAGGAGGUGCUUGUACAGAUAUUACUGCAGAGUACAACUCAAGUUUUACAGACCAGCCUCUAGCUACAACAAGACUACAAAGUGCAAAAUGUGAUGAUGCAUCAUUGGAAGUCACCGAGGAGAGAAAAAAAGAUCCUACUGAAUCUGUACAGAUUGCAUUAACGGUUGAUAAAAGCUUUAAGGGAGAGUCUGCAAUGUAUGAUGCUGAAUCAUCGCUGGAGGGACGAGUAAAAGCAGCAAGAGCAAAGGGCAUGAUGCACUUUGAUGUUGAGAGAGAACAUUUGUAUUCUGAAAACACUGUAACAGAUGAAAUUUGCUUUCAACCACAUGCCACAACGCCUUGUCAGGGCAUGCUAACUGCUGCAAAAACAAUUGAGACAGAGGAUUUCUCUAAUGAGAUAGAAGUUGUUAUAAAGACUACUUCAUUAUUUCAUGCAGAGGAAACUGAAAACCUACAUCAUGAUUUGAAGUUUGCUGGCAAAACCGAGGAAAAUAUGCAAACACAUUUGUUGGAAUGUAACAAAACUAUCCAAUUCAUUACAGAUGGCCAAGCUGCGUCCAAACAAAGCAAUCGUGCAUUUCAAAAACAUGUUAAAAGUGAUUCUAAUGAUUGUGUAAAUAAGGAGGCCAUGUCUAGACAGAAUACAGAUCAUUCAGAAGCAAGUAUGAGGAUAGAUGACCAAGCAACAGAGCAAAACCAGACAGGUCUUUUGAAUGAAAUAAAUGGAUGUGAACAGAUGUCAGAAAAAGUAGGUUCAAAAGUGGAGGAGGAAGUUCAGAGCAGUGAGAAGUUUAAUGAGAAUCAGAUGUCAAAUGAAAUUUCGGAAACACAGGAGGAGGAGGAUGAGAAUGUUGAAGCGCUCUGCAGCUCUAUACGGGAUGCUGUCUCAUCCAGACAGAAGAAUGAUGCUGAUGAGUUUUCAAUGCAGUUCAAUGACAGUUCACUUUCCUUGGAUGAACUUGCAAAAAGGAUACAGAUAGAAGAGAACACCCAAAUAGAGGGUCUUGUAUCCAUUCUGAAAAAAGGAAGUCCAAACAAAGUCGUCUCACGGGUGCAACAGAAGCAGUCAAAGAGGAGAGUAAGAUUUCAGGAACCCCAAGACACACUGGAGCAGGAUGAAGUAAAUGGAAACUCCUGCCUCCUCUUAGUCCUGCUGUGCAUUGUCACAGUACUUUUGAGUGUCGGAGGGACAGCACUUUAUUGCGCAUUUGGUGAUCUGGAGUCCAGUGUAUGCAGAGACUUCACAACACAAAUGAACUUUUACUAUGCUCAGUUCCAACAGGGCAUUGAGAAAGCAAAGCACUGGCUGUUAUUUUCUUAAAAUAACAUCUAUAUCUGCAAAAAUAGAAUUGACGUCAUUGUGUAAGACAGCGUUCAGAAGGACCACAUUGAACAGUUGAUUGUCUUACUGUUCCUGCUGCAAUGCAGCAACUGCUGUGGAAUACAACUGUCAGUAGGCCACAACACAGGAACUUCAGAGCUGGAGUUUCAGACCUCAACAAAACAAAUCAUAGCUUGACAAGACAAAGAAGGAUAAAUAUGCAACUCCACUAAUACUGUUUGCAGAUUGUGGGAGGACAGCAAGCUUGCCAAUCACUUCUUGAGAAAAAUGGCUUUUGUAUAAUUUACCUUUUAGGGCAAUCUGCACAUAAUUUGAAUUUAUAAUAGGUCAUGGAAUAAUUCAUCAUUUAAAUGUGAACAGACAAUUUUUACAUUGAUUUUCUAAUAGUUUUUACUUGUCAGUUUUGCCAUCAUUUCUUUUAAAAAUCAUGGCAUGUCAUAUUCUACAUAGUUUUUCUUUCAAAACCAUUACAAUUGUGUUCAGGUUCCUUUGCUGCCACAGGUCUUUGUUUUUCAUUGAUAACUUACAACAGACCUCAAAUUUGGCAGUGAUACUGGGGUGUUUAAAAAUUAGUCUGGUUUUAUCGCCGUCAACCUUUUUAUCUUGUUCCAACUCUUUAUCUUUGCGGCUCAGUCUAAAAAAAAGUGUAAGCACACAAAUGAAUGUUUUUGAGCAGAUUGUUACUGUAAGGGUAAAACUUUCUAUUUUUGAUUUAAUAUUCAAAUGUAUAUAUUAUCAGUGCUAUUUUUGAGUAUCACAUAUCUGAGGGUAAUUCACUGCAAAUCAAUGAUUUACUGUUAACUGAAGGUGUCUUAGUGAGCAAGAUGACUUUAUCAGGCAGUGAGACAAUUUCACCGAUUGUUCCUCCUUGUUAUUGAGUUUGUUUGGUUCAAUUAAGUUUCAUUUUUAUUCAUUUUAGAUUAUUUGUCAAAACAAUUAUUUAAAAAUCUAAGUGCUGGUCCUACUUUGUAAUGCAUUAGUGUUUCUUAGUGUGGCUGUUGGUUUGUAGCAUAAUAUUAUGCAGAGUUAAGAUCUAGGUUAACGUCUGUGAUUUUUUACCCCUAUCUAGGUUCUGUUAGGAAAAAAGGUGUUUGGAAGUGAGGGACAGUCUCUAAAUAAAGGCUAAUUUUAUCUAGAGAAGGGAACUUGGUCAAAUCCCCCUGAGCAUUCUUUGCACCCUUUUGAGCAACAUUUUCCAGCACUUGCAAUUAGUUUGUCUGCCACCUCACAGAUCAGCAGUAGGGUACAUGCUGUUGAAGCCUUUGGUUACUUACAGCCUUAUAAUUACUUUCAACUGUUUAUAAAGUAUGCUGAACAUUUCUGUCCUUGUUAUGUAAAAUGUUAUCUUUCAAGCUGGCAUUUUUGAGGUUUAAAAAUUGAUGUUAUCUUGAGUUUUGUUUUCUUUUUGCUGUUCCCUCUAGGUACCCCAGCUGAGAAGGGCAAAAGCUGGAAGCCUGAUCUACGCUCAGGCUUCUGCUUUUGCUGCCAGCAGCUGUUUGUAUAUUGUGUUCUAAGGUUCUGCUGCUUAGUUCUUUGCAAGUUUGAGGUAAACUGACAUUAUAGCAUAAUGUGUUUAAGAAGUUAGUGAUAUAUUACUACUGGGAUACACGGAUGCAGGAGAAUGCUAUGUACACUGUAAAGGAAUUGAUUUCUGAUUUCUGCGUCACAAAGCGCACACAACAUUGCAAAAUGCAUGUGCUUUUACAUUUUACAAAUGUGUAUCAAUUUUGACUUUGAGAUGUGAAAUAUUGAUCUUAAGAGAAAUUAUUAAUUCAAGCCUAUAUAAUUAUUUUUUUGAGAAAACUGCAAAACAUUUUGUUAAGAAAAGAGCAGGUCUCUACUCAAAUUGGUUGCAGAAAAUUGAGUCAUUACCUUACCACCUCCUUAAUGUCAUUGCAUAGCACUUUUAAGCCUUGCUUCUAUAACAGACCUCUAUUUUCUAAUUUGUAGGCAGCUGCAAAUAUUGUGUGUAAUUGAUUCUUGUAAAAAAAAAAGCUACAAUUAUGCAGGUGAUUGCUCAGCAUAUCAGAAAAAGAGAGGUUAAACUUUAAGGUGCAGGGACCUGUUUUGCUGUGCUGUAUUGAGUUUUUAUUUCAAGCUUUCAGUUUUUGUUUUUCUUUGUGGGCAUUAGUUCUGUAUUUAACAAGUUGUCUAUCUCAAUAGGAGUGAGCAAUCACAGUUAUCCUCCUUUGAUAUUACUGUUUUGUGUUGAAUAUUGUAAAAAUGCUCUGGCGUGUUGGAUUAGGGGAUUUCCCAGUAAGUUUAUCCCUCAGGCUGAAUGAUGUCAUCAGUUUAAAAAUUUCUGUAAAAGGGCCUUAAAUUUUAGCAUAGCAACUUUUAAGUAAUAUAUAUCUAUAAAGUUGCCAGCUUUUAACCUGAGCUGUAUCAUGGCGCAUGAUUAUAUUAUAGAGGGCGCAAUACAUUAGCUGUGUGUUACUGGCUGGAUCAGUACACGAUUAUAAAAAGUUAAUGAUUUGGAAAUUUAAUUUAUUUAAUGUAAAUUAUGCUGUAUGUAGAGCAAAUCAUUUCGGCUUUAUUUUCCUUCUGCUUUUGUAAAUUCAAAUGAUUGGCAUGUUAACGUUUUAGAAAUCUGUAAGAUUGUGCUCUUGUAUUAGAGGUAACUAAACCUCUUUUGAGUUGAGUGCUUAAUGUAUGAAUUGUUAAAUGUUUUUACUCAUUUUGUAUCAUGUCAUACUUAUUGCAUUCUUCACCAGAAAUAUUUUAACAUGUCCACCAUAAUGUCAUGGAAUACACUGUAUAGUAAUUUUAUUAGUAUUGGUUUAAAAUGUAAAACCUGUACACAAAAUUGUGACUUGAAGAUGGAAUUAUCUGUUGUAAAGUGAAUCAUGUAAUUUCCAUCACUAGCCAUGUAUUUGCGUUUGCAACUUGUGAUUUACAUUGUUCUUAAAUAGAAAGUCAUGAGUUAAA